UACUAAGAUUAAAUAGAUAAAUCAUUAUCUAAUAUACUUAAAUUCAUCAUUUCAAUUUUCUAGAGCAAGCGUAUAUAUGCGACGAUGACCUAAAGCAAAAACCUUAAAAGAUGAAUUAAUUACCUCAAAGAUAUGAUCAAACAACAACUCAUUCAUUAUUCAAAGAUGAUGCAUGGGCUUCAAGGCUAUUCUCACGUUUAAUAUCUCAGCAUUUGAGGUUCCUACUCACAUUUCACUACGUGUACAAUGGUUUGUUUCCGUCUCUAUUUUCUCAUUAAUUUAUCAUCAAAGUUACCCAUCUAAUUAAACUCAUCGAAAACCCGUAAACAUUAAGGAGGGGAAAAAAACAUAACGACAAACAUGGAAGCUACAGUUGACAAAAAUCAGGUUGUGGAGUGAAGUUUCAUUUACACUCAUAACUCCGAAAAUGAGCUUAAAAAUAGGCUAGUGUUGUUGUCAAUUUGCUGCAAGAGAGUAAAUAUAGUUUUAUGAUUUUUUUUCUACACUGUUCUUUUUUAGGUUGGACCAUGAAACAAGAAAGAUUGAUCACUUGGAUGAAUGAGCAUUUAGAGUUGUGUUUUUUUUUUUUUAAUCUGGUUUUCGUUUUUAUUUUCUAUUUUCCUUUUGAUAUUGAUUUUCUAAUGGAUAUUAAUUUAGACAAAGAAGGUCUUUAAACUCAAAUUUUAUAUUGAAAGCAAUUAUAUAUCAAAGUCUUUAAAAAAAAGCAAUAAUAUACCAAAAUGUAAAUACGAAAACACUAAAGAUUUUCAAAUGCAAACAACAGCAAAAUUGAAAAAAGUGUGUCAAAUGCAAACAACAGCAAAAUCGAGAUAAGAUUUUUGUGCCACUAAAAACAAUAACCCAUGUUAUAAUGAAUUUGUGAACAAUUUCAGUUAAUUAAAUGGCAUGGCUCACGAAAUUAACACACACACACACACACACAACAAAGAAAAAAAACAAAAUUGGAUGCGUCAAUGUAUUAUUUAGCGCUCCGAAGUAUAAUUUGUAUUUAAAUUUAAAUGAAUAAAUAUGUAUGUAAAAAUAAAUAACGGAUAGAUGAAAGGUUUGUAUUUUAACUUUAACUGCUGGUGUUUGUUAAAAAAAAACGGCUAGUGUUACACGCGUCUAUAAAUAGGGGAUCUUGUUGCUUGAGCGCAAAUCAACGCCUUUAGAAAAUUAAUUAUUUCAUCUUUUCUCUGAGAGAGAGAGAGCGCGAACGAAAGAAAGAAAGAAAGAAAGAUGUGGAAGGUUAGUGAGGAUGCGAUGCUCUACGCAGGGGUGAAGAAGUAUGGGAGAUUCGCAUGGGAGGCCGUGUCCGCGUCUAUGUUCGAGCACAGUAGAUCGUGGCGUGAGUGCAAAGAAAGAUACGAAAUACUCACCGAGCCGAAGUUGUGGACCAGUGAAGAAGACGCCCUUCUAAAGACGGAGGUUGAGAAGUUCCACUCGUUUGUGCUGUGGGCAACGGUGGCGUCCGUGAUGAGACGUCCACUCCAGUCGUGUCGCAGGCGGUAUUUGUCUCUGACGAAACCUGACACGAUUCCUCCGACUCGGGGUUUGGAUAAAGUCAAAGCAGGUUCAAAAAAAGAUUCAGAAGUCCGCCGGCAGCGCAGGCGCCAGACAGAAGAUGAAGAGGAAGAUCCAGCUCUGAUGAAUCCCAUCUUUUUUUUAUCAGUUUUGGGUUUUUUUUUUGUCAUUAACUAGACCAUCAUUUCAUUUUCAUUUUUGGGUUUUUGUUUUGGAUUUUAAUAACUAGAAAAAAAUAAAAAAAAAAUAAAAAGAGGAAACUUUAAGUUUCCCAAUUAAAGAAACCAUUUUUUUUUAUUUGUCUACAAUUAAAGAAAAAUAAAACAGAGCAUGAAUUAAAAAACCCUCAACAUCAUAUAACUUCAUGUGUACAUAUGAACAUUCUAUCAACGGACCUUUUUGUUACAAGUUUCCUUCUUCACCACAUCGUUGUGCGAAACAGAAACUGAAA